GGGUCUUCAGAAGUGGAGCUGUUGAAGACUGGUGCGACAAACAUGGCAUCCACUUGGACAUAGUACCAGGCGAGGCUCAUUGGAAGAUAGGCACGUGCGAGAACGCCAUUAAGGGUGUCAAGAGUGUCAUGGACAAAUUGAGUUUGUAUGACAUGGAACUGAGCCCUCGCGAAGCCCUGGCAGAAGCCGUAGCCUCUUUCAAUCACAAGGAGCUGAUACGAGGAUUCUCGCCGGCACAGCAUAUCUUGGGACAGGCCCCAGAUGAGACAGGCCGAUUCCUGGCAGCAUGUCAGCAGUUGCCACCGGACCUUCUCGUGGAAAAUGCCCACGGUGAAUUUGCUAGGUCGGUCAAACUCAGGGCCGAAGCAGAAAAGGCCCAGAGUGAUUGGAGUGCUGAGCAACGCACACAACGCGCACUACAUUCACGACACCGCCCUUGCUUCAACUACCGUCCAGGUGAGCUAGUGUUUUAUUGGAGAACACAAGAGGCCAAUAAGAGCAGACGCCAACCUGGCGGGAAGCAUGGCCGAUUCCUUGGCCCCGCAAGAAUUCUCGCCACCGAAUCCCGUACCGAGGAGGACGGAACCAUCCGCCCAGGUGGAGCCAUUUGGCUGGUGAAAGGCCGGUCUCUCCUGAAGGCUUGCCCAGAGCAGUUGAGGAGAGCCACACAUCGCGAGGAGCUCAUCGAGUCCCUGGCGGAACCGAGUACCCAGCAGGUACCAUGGAGUUUUCACGCCGUGGCAGAGCAGAUUGGUGGAAACCGGUUCGAAGACAUCACUGCGGUGCCGGAAGUACAGGAAUGGCAUCGAGCUAAGAACCCAGCUGAAGAAGUGCAGCCAUCACGUUUUCGUUUUCGCACCAAGCGACCGGCGGAGCAAGCUCUCGAGCCCCUGGAGCAGGAGCCCCGAGAAGACGUCAUGGAGGAUGAUCCGGGAGAACAAGGUGCAGCGGUGGCCAUCGAGAUCCCCAUGCCCGAGACCAACCGAGGCAGCAAAAAGGCAUGGGAAGACCUGGGCGCGUACUUCACUGGAAGCUUGAAGCGCCGAGCAGUGGAGCUGUCUGAAAAGAAGAUGACCCAUGCCGAGCGGGAGGAGUUUCGAGGGGCGAAGGCCACAGAAGUGAAAAACUUCAUAGCCUCCAACGCCUUCCACAUUCUGCCGGAUCAUUUGAAGCCGGACAGAAGCCAAGCUAUCCAUAUGCGGUGGAUCCUGACGUGGAAACUUCGGGAUGAUGGCACGAGGAAACCAAAAGCUCGGGCCGUCCUCCUGGGCUAUCAGGAUGAAAGCUACGCCCACCAGGCAACCACAUCACCAGUGAUGACGAGACAGAGCCGACAGCUCUUGCUUCAGCUUGCUGCCUGGAAACGCUGGUCUGUGAAGAAGGGAGAUGUUACGGGAGCGUUUCUUCAAAGCAGAGAGUAUCCUGACAAGUUGUGUUGUGUGCCCACUCCAGAAAUUUGUGAAGCGUUGAACAUUGCCCCGGGCAGCAUCACUCAAGUCCGCCGGGCAUGUUACGGCUUGGUGGAUGCACCACUCGAGUGGUGGAGAUCGGUUGAUACCUUUCUUCGGUCUCUAGGGUUUGAACGCAUGUGGGCCGACUCCUGUUGUUGGGUCCUCCGACAAGAGGGGAUCCUGAGAGGGGUCAUUAGUGGGCACGUUGACGACUUUUUGUUUGCAGGAAAAAGUGGAGAUCGCAUCUGGGAGUCCAAACUUGAGGCCAUCAAGACCCAGUAUAAAUGGGGAGAUUGGGAAGAAGGGAAGUUUACUCAGUGUGGUGUUGUUGUCGAGCAGACCCCGGAAGGCUUCGAACUUUCUCAGCCUCACUACCUUGAUGGGCUCCAUGAAAUAGGACUUAAUGCUACUCGCCGCAAGGAUAGAAGUAGCCCCACUAGUGAACGAGAACGAACCCAACUCCGUGCCCUGUUAGGAGGCCUAAGUUGGCACGCUCAACAGGUGGCGCCUUAUCUCGCAGCAGAAGUAGGGAUGCUCCUGACUGAGGUAUCUCGCAGCACCGUGGAGACCAUCAUCAAGGCCAACAUCCUUCUCAGCCAGGCGAAGGGCAAGAGCAGCUAUAAGAUGAAGAUCCAUAGCUUCAAUGCCGAGGACCUCUUGACCUUGGUCGCUUGGGUGGACGCAGGCAAUGCCAACCGCAGUGAUGGCGGUUCGACUCAAGGGAUCUUUGCGGGCAUGUCCACACAGGCCAUUCAUGCGGGUGAAGUGUGCGGUGUGAGUCCCAUAGCAUGGCACUCCCAGAAGAUCGACCGGACGUGCAGAUCUCCAGGCGCGGCCGAAGCCCAGGCAGCAAUCAAUGGAGAGGACAGUCUGUACUAUGCUAGAUUCCAGUGGAGCGAGUUUCUCUAUGGAAAGCCAGACCUUCAUCAACCAGAUGAACAUGUGAAGAAGACCGGUGGUUGUCUGGUCACAGACAGCAGGAAUGUGUACGACAAGCUGGACACAGAGAUGCUUGUGGUCAAAGGAGCAGAGAAACGGACCAACAUAGAGUUGUUGGCCCUGAAGGAGGCACAAUGGAACACAGGUGUGAGCUUGCGAUGGGUCCACAGCGAGGCUCAGCUCGCCAACUCGCUCACGAAAAGCAAUGGCCAGAGGGAGUACGAGAUGUACGUCCGCAUGGGCCACCAAUAG